AUGGCGGCGGAAAAGUCCACUCAGCCCGAUGUCGCGGCCCUCAACGAGUAUGAUGCCAAUCCCAAGGACGAGCUGCAGAUCAAUGUCGGCGGUCGUGGUGCUACCCAGCGCCGCCUGCGGAACUACCAGGUCACCAUGAUCGGCUUCUGCAGUGGCAUCGGCACCGGUCUGUUCGUCGGGACGGGCUCAGCCUACGCCAAAGCUGGGCCCGCGGGUCUGCUGCUGGCGUAUAUUAUCGUCGGCGCGGUGUUGUGGUGUGUGAUGCAGAGCAUCGCCGAGCUGGCGACACUGCUGCCUACUGCGGGCUCGUUUCCGCACUGGGCCACACGGUUCAUCGACCCGGCUGUCGGUUUCUCGCUAGCCAUCUCGUACGGAUACUGCUAUACCAUCGCAAUUGCCUCUGAAGUUUCAGCCGCUGCGGUGAUCGUUUCAUAUUGGACAGCUCUCACGCCAGCCGUGGUCAUCACGGUUGGUUUGGUCCUGAUCCUGAUCAUCAACCUGAUGAGCGUGCGAUUCUACGGCGAAACUGAGGUCAUCGGAGGUGCCAUCAAGAUUCUGUGUUUCUUGGGCUUGGUUAUUGUGUCCAUUGUCAUCACCGCAGGCGGCGGUCCGAAUCAUGAGACCAUCGGCUUCCGUUUCUGGCAUGACCCCGGCCCAUGGACGAACUAUAACGGCAUCACAGGGCCUACCGGCCAUUUCCUCGGUUUCUUGUCCUCCUUCGUGAAUGCCUCCUUCAGCUUCAUCGGUGUCGAGACCGUCGUCAUCACCGCCGCCGAGUCCGUCGAUCCGCACCGUGCCAUCCCCAAGGCCGCCCGCCGUGUCACCUACCGCAUUGGAUUCUUUUAUAUCCUUGGCGCCCUCCUCAUCGGCAUCAUUGUCGAUCCUAGAAACAGCGCCCUCGUCUCCGGUUCCGAUAAUGCCAAUAGCUCGCCCUUCGUCAUCGCCAUCAAGGAAGCCGGCAUCAGCGCUCUUCCAUCUAUUGUCAACGCUUGUAUCCUCGUUGCUGCUUGGUCAGCCGGUAACUCCUAUUGCUGGGUUGGAUCCCGCAUGAUUGUGGCCAUGACAACAGAUCGCCAAUUGCCUCAGAUCUUCGGCCGUGUGGAUAAGAAAGGAGUGCCCUAUGUUGCCGUCAUCGCCUCCUGGCUGUUUGGACCCCUGGCGUAUCUGAGUCUUGGAUCAGGCGGUGCUUCUCAGGCCUUUACAUGGCUUCUCAAUCUAAGCACUGUCGCUGGAUUGAUUGCGUGGGCCACCUUGUCCUUCUGCUACAUUCGCUUCCAUGCCGCCAUGAAAGCACAGGGUGUUUCUCGAGACUCGCUUCCCUGGAAGGCGCCAUUCCAGCCAUAUGCUGCUUGGGUUGGAUUCAUUGGCUCCACCAUCAUCACCCUUGUUGCAGGUUUCCCUGUCUUUUUGAAGGGGAAUUGGAGCGCUUCAGACUUUGUCGCAUCGUACGUCGGCAUUCCUAUCUUCAUUGUGCCGAUCAUAGGCUGGAAGCUCUGGCACCGAACCAAGUUUGAACGCGCUGCCACGAUCGAUCUUUGGUCUGGCCGUCUUCAGGAUGGCGAAAUUAUGCCUCACAAGAACCCACACAACACGCUUUGGGGCAAAUUCAUUGACUGGCUCAUCUAG